GGGGCAAUCUUCCUGGGGUUUGCAGACGUGAGGGUGUUCAGUGAAAGUGAAGGACACCGGUGAUCCAGAAGCUGUUGUACCAUGAGUAGCUCUGCUCUGAGCUCCAUCAGAUUCCCAGGAAGCAUCUAUGAGGUCCUCCAAGUAGCCUCUGUGCUCAGCCUGCUUCUGCUGCUCUUCAAGACAGCCCAGUUCUACCUGCACAGGCAAUGGCUACUCAGAGCUACCCAGCAGUUCCCAUCCCCACCUUCUCACUGGUUCUCUGGGCACAAGGUCCCAAAGGACCAGGAGUUUCAAGAUAUUCUAAUGAGGAUAAAGAAUUUCCCAAGUGCCUGUCCACAUUGGCUCUGGGGGAGCAAAAUGCGCAUCCAAGUGUAUGAUCCUGACUACAUGAAGCUGAUUCUGGGGAGAUCAGACCCAAAAGCUCAUGGUUCUUACAGAUUUCUAGCUCCCUGGAUUGGGUAUGGUUUGCUUCUGCUGAAUGGACAGACAUGGUUCCAGCACCGAAAAAUGUUGACACCAGCUUUUCACUAUGACACUCUGAAGCCUUAUGUGGGAAUCAUGGCAGACUCUGUUCAUAUAAUGCUGGAUAAAUGGGAAAAGAUUGUUGGCCAGGAUUCCACCCUAGAGAUCUUCCAGCACGUCACUUUGAUGACCUUGGACACCAUCAUGAAAUGUGCCUUCAGCCAUGAGGGCAGUGUCCAGUUGGACAGAAAAUACAAGUCCUACAUCCAGGCAGUUGAAGACCUGAAUAAUCUCUUUUUUCUCCGUGUGUGUAAUAUCUUUCACCAGAAUGACAUCAUCUACAGUGUGUCCUCUAAUGGCCGCCAGGCCAACAGUGCCUGCCAACUUGCCCAUGAUCACACAGACAAAGUGAUCAAGUCAAGGAGGGCUCAACUUCAGGAUGAGGGAGAGCUGGAAAAGGUUAAGAAGAAAAGGCGAUUGGAUUUCCUGGACAUCCUCCUGUUUGCCAGAAUCGAAAAUGGAAGCAGCUUAUCUGAUAAGGACCUUCGUGCUGAAGUGGAUACCUUCAUGUUUGAGGGCCAUGACACCACAGCUAGUGGUAUCUCCUGGAUCUUCUAUGCUUUGGCCACAAAUCCUGAACACCAACAGAGAUGCAGGAAGGAGAUCCAGAGUCUCCUAGGAGAUGGAGCUUCUAUCACUUGGGACAACCUGGACAAGAUGCCCUACACCACAAUGUGCAUCAAGGAGGCCCUGAGACUCUACCCACCUGUACCAGGUGUGAGCAGAGAGCUCAGCUCACCUGUCAACUUCCCAGAUGGACGCUCUUUACCCAAAGGUAUCACAGUCUUGCUCUCCUUUUAUGGCCUUCAUCACAAUCCAACUGUGUGGCCAAAUCCAGAGGUAUUUGACCCUUCUCGAUUUGCACCAGAAUCUUCCCGACACAGCCAUUCAUUCCUGCCCUUCUCAGGAGGAGCAAGGAACUGCAUUGGGAAACAGUUUGCCAUGAAUGAGCUGAAGGUGGCUGUGGCCCUGACCCUGCUCCGCUUUGAGUUGCUGCCAGAUCCCACCAGGGUCCCCAUCCCCAUUCCAAGACUUGUGUUGAAGUCCAAGAAUGGGAUCCACUUGCGUCUCAAGAAGCUCCAAUAAUCUUCACAGAUCAAGACAACUCCAAUGGCAUGCUGCCUACCAUCUUAUCUUUCUGUCACUCACUCUUGUCCCUAGUCCAUCUGCUCACAUCUCCUUUCUUCUCACCUUGUUCACCUCCACCCACCUUCUGCUGUGCUUCCAGUCUCCUUGUCUGUCAGUCUUUCUAUCUCAACUUCUUCUGGAAUCCCUACUUGCUUUUCUCUCUACCUGUCCCCUACCUGACUACAUGUUUGACCUUUGACCUUAAUGAUCUCCCUAACUUGCACUCUGCCUUUUCUUCUGUGUAUUUCCUUCUAUUCUACUGCUUGACUAUCCUUAAAUUGAGCUUUAUACUGAUGUUAUAAUUAAUUACAAGAGAAGUAUGUGCCCUUAUGGUUCUACAUAUCAGGUGUUUUUCAUGAUUUCACUAGAAUGAAGGUCAUUGCAUUGCCAUUACCCCCUUGGUUAUUGCUAUGCCUCUUCUUAUAUUUCCCAUCACCUACAGCUGAAUUCCUAUGUUUCAAGAGCCCCCCUAAGUGUUAAAAUCCAACAUAGUCUUUAAACAUCUCUUAUUCUAUCUCCAGGUUAUCUCUCCAUCUUUCCAAUGUGGUUACUUUGUGCCUAAAGUGGUAAUACUGGGCCUGUUCUUAGUUCUAUCAAGAUGAGGACAUGCAUAUCUGAAAGAGCCAUUUUUCAACCAACGUAACACAGUCCUUCCAUGACUGUCACCUCAUCUAUCAUAUAAAUCUCUUCUUCAAAUUCUCCUUCUGCCAGCUUACCUUUUAAGAGUCUUGCCAUGUUGUCUCUCCCCUGCCAUAAAGUUCAUAAGGUGGCAUGUUGUUCCUAUACUCUUUGGAGGAGAGGGAGGGAAUAGAGAGAGACUAAUGGGAAGAGAGACUUCAGGAGGUUAGGAAAGAAGGUGACAUAUGCUCUCUUGGUAUUAUGUUCCAGAUUGGCAAUAUGGAUCUCACAUGUUUCUGGAGGCCUCAUCCAUGUGAUAUUUGGUAUCUACAUUCACACAACUGUAGGAUUCCUGUGUAAUUGAGUUUAGACUACAGGCUCUUGUCAUGCAUCAAGUCAGAGCCACUUUUGAGAUGAGCAAGAAAGGCUUCAGGUUUGGCCAGUCACAUGAACAUCAGGAAUCUUGCUCUUUACAAUACUAAAGAGAUAGUGUACCUUAGCCAUCCCAUGAUCCAGCUUGCCUCACACAAGUAUUUAACAGUUCUUCAGAAGGCUUGGAGAAUGCAGCUGCUCAGAAGGGCAAAUAGGCCUUACUACUGGGAGAUCCCAAGCAGAUCCUCCCAUCCAAGUCUACUUGGUAAUCCCCUGCCCCCUCUCUCUGACAAUUCUGAAAGAGAAAGGACCUCAUCAAUCCUGCCCAUAGCUGAUUACUGCCAGAACAUUGUGGCUCAUGAUCCUUGAGAGUGUGGCAUACAAACAUAACCCAUGCAUUUGCAAUAAGUUCCCUGGGAUGUUGCUUCAGCUUCUAACAUCUCACUUGGCUUUGAACUGCUUUCCAUGUUUCUUAUAAACACCAGUUUCUUGUUUUUCCAAGUUACUUAUAGGUCAGAACCUUGGAUGCCAUAGACAGAACUCUCUGAGUCCCUCUGCCUCAGAUAUGAUGUCACUUUCUGCUUCCCUGAGUGGGUUUGACCCUACUUGUACUACCUUUAGGCAGGACAUUUCUCCCAGUUCCUCCAUUUUUCAGGUAGUUAGAUUAGUUCAGUUCUGAGAAGGGAUAGAAAAGGGAAGUGUGUGUGUCAGUAGUUGGCCUGAAGAUUGAGGCAGAAAAAUGAGUUGAGAAUGGACAGGGUAUUGGCAAUUACUUGGCAUCAUAUGAUGAAGUUCAGUAUGGCUAUGCUUAGAGGACAGCCAAGGCAUCUCACCCUCAUUAUGACCUAGACCUGUGAGUGAAAAAAGGACCUGAACCACACAAGAGCAAGUGUCAGUAUUCAAGCACAAGGUGAACAGGACAGGUGGUGACCUGACAUUGACCCAAGAAAUGGAGAAGUUGAGCAAGUGAGAGGUAAACAAUGCUUACUUUGUACGGGGCGACCUGGGCCCUAUGUUACAUACACAGAACAACUAAAAGUAGACUGGAGAGUUAAUUAGCCCACAUCAUGCCAGAAGAUAUGCUCACCACAAAAAAUAAGAACAUACAGAAAAGUCCUAUGCUUAAUAAUAAAACUGCAUAACCUAUGCCAACAUCAGGCAUAAAGCUAUAACAGAAACGUCAUCAUAGAAAAUGUGUAUAUGACUAAUGGAUGCACAAGAACAAAUGCUCCACUGGAUUUAGGCAUCAGGAAAUGAGAAUCAAAAGUGGAUCAGAUAACCUGUUGAGUGAUUGUCAUACUAUAUUUAGGGAAAAUAAAAAGUGUUAGACAAAAUGUGGCUAAGUUGGAGCUCUUUUGUGUUACAGGUAAAGCUCAAUUGGUACUGCUACUUGGAAUCCAAGACAGCUCCUCUAAAGUCUAUAGUACAUUUGGCAGUUAGCUCACUCCUGUGUAGUCACCAAAAAGAACUAAAGCUAAAGUAAAGACUUGAGAAUUUAUAUUUGUUGCAGCAUCAUUUGAAACGGACAUGAGAUAAAAUUUAAAAGAAAAUACCUAUCAACAGAUAAACUGAUGCCAAUAAUUGGCAUAUAGUAUAUAUAGUACAAUAAUUUAUACCAAUUAUAUAUUAUAUAUACCUAUGUAUACCAUCUAUAUAUGAUGAUAAUGCCCAAAGAGAUAUGAGAGAGAGCUAACCUCUUUACUUGCAUAAAUUUUAUAAGUUUGUAAGAAAUCUUUUUAACGUAAGUCGUCUGUCACUUUUCUGUUCUUACAUGAGAGUAAUUACUAAGGACUGCUGUGUGCUGUAGCAGGAAAUCAUAAGAGCGGUGCCAAGCUACUCAUGAAGAGAGAGCUAUGUAAACCUAUGAGGAAAUGUGCUUUUGCUUUCUGUCUAGUUUCUGUUUUAAGUAAGCAGAGGUUAGAACUAAUGAUUCAGAAUUCAUAGAAUUUACGUAAAUUUUAAAACUUCAAAAACAUUGUUAACAAUGACAAAAGCCUUGAUGGUGUAACAUUAGUCAAUAAAAGACUGGGUUCAGACUCUCUGAUUGGGAGAAGUCCAAACCAUGAGAGGGGAGAAGGAAAACGAAUGAUUAGAGAGGGAAAGGCAAAAGAAUGAUAAGGAAGAAGAAGGAAGGAGAAUAAGGAAGAGUGAUGAGAAUCUUCAAGGAACAGAGAGAGUACCUGAACUGACAGCUUGCAUCUACUACUCACUCUGAGUCAUUACUGAAUCAGUUCCCAUUCAUGCCUUUCUCAAGUCCCUCUUGAAAUUGAUCCUGAUCAGGUCACUUGUCACAUUCUCCCUCAUCCCUGUCAUCCUCCCUCUCUUCCCUCACUCUCAUUUUCCCACUCACUCUAGCUUCUUCUCCCUGCUUGAGCCUUACAACCCAUAGUAUUAUCCCUGGUUACUUUUAUCUUUUACUUAUUUUUGGUUAUCCCUGCUUCCUGAAUGAAUGUGAAUGUCCUUCCUACUUUCCUGGCUUCCAAAACAAUACCCUACAAGAAGCAAGUGAGACCUAAAGAGGUGCCGCUACAAUCUACAUACGAAACUCCAGCAACAUUUGUUCUUCUGAGCCUUGUUUAUUCCUCAGUUACAUCUAUUUUUAAGUUCUACACGUUUCUCUGAAAAUUUCAUUUUUCUUCACAAUUGAAUAAAGUUUCACAAUGUGUGUACCAUG